UUAUUAAUCAGGUUAAUUUUAAAUAAACACAAAAGUGUAAAGAUGGUUUUAAACAAUAUUUUUCACUCUGUAUACAAAAUCUAGCUACUUCAUGUGUAUGUAAUAUAUCGUAAAGACAUACUACAGAGAUUGCAGGUAUAGUAAUACAUUGUAUACAUGUUUGCUUUGGUAAAGACGUGUUUUAGACAUUGAGGGGACCCGACAGUUGACGGAGGACGAGGUUUUUACUAGAACCGACGUUGACGCUGUUCUGGUCUGUACAGAAAACGAGCUGCAUGAACCGCUAGUCAGGAAAGGUCUAGAGAGCGGGAAACAUGUUUUAUGUGAGCUUCCGUUGGCCUUAUCGGCGAAUGUUGCCAAAGAAUUUUUCGAUUUGGCAAAAAGGAAAGGCAAGUCGGUCAAUCGAAUUGAAUCACGUUCUUCAGCGUUUGUAACUGCACAAGAUUCUUCAAUGAACUGUUUGAAUGAUUCAGGUGUUAUUCUUCACGAGGAAAAUAUCGGUUUGAUUAACGACUACGAGGAACAGCUUGGGCGCUGCAACAUUCCAUGGACGCAUUGCGACAUUUUUCAAAGAGGAGGAUACAAUGGAUGGGUGGAGCAUAGUAAAUCGGGGAUUCCUUUUGUAAGGAGUAUUUCAAUGGUGGAAGCCGUCUGUCAUUUAUGUGGUGACGUAAAAGCAGUAGGCGGAGCUUGGAGUGAAGCAGAGACCAGUUUUGAAGCUGUAGCGAAACUAGAAACAUCAGACAAAAAACGGUUACCAUUACAGUUAAUCGAUACAAAGAUUUUGAGGGAAGAGAGAAGUCUAUCACUUUCCAACUACAGGAUGGGAGUGACUUCAUCCUCAAACCGUCAAAAACACCGGGAGCUAAACCAGGCGUGUUCAUGGAAGACUUCUACAUGUUUAUGGAGGAAGUUAACUGUGGUCAAAUAGACGAGGAAAUGAAAUCCAGAACGAUUCGAGCUUUAGAAAUAGCAGAGGAUGUACAUCGAUUCACAGAGCCGAAAUCAUAACUUUUUAAUAACAUCUAACAAAAUUGCGUUUUAUCUGGAUAGUUGUGGUACGUGAAUUUUCCACUGGAACAUGAAAAUCGUACAAUGUACAUAUAUACUGCAGAAGAAAAAUAUUUGCAGGUUUUUGAAACAUUGGUAUAAUUAAAGUUGAUCAAAUUUC